AUGACUAAGGAAGAAAAGAUCUCAGUGGCAUUUGUGUGUCUAGGCAAUAUUUGUCGGUCACCCAUGGCUGAAGCCAUAUUCAAGCAUAAGGUCGAAGAGUUAGGAUAUGGCGACAGGUUUGACAGAAUUGAUUCAUUUGGAACGGCCGCCUAUCAUGUCGGGGAGCUGCCUGACCACAGAUCGGUUGCUACAUGUCGGAAGCAUGGGGUGCCGGUGAACCAUUCAGCCCAGCAAAUUACUCUGGCCGAUUUUGCCGACUUUGAAUAUGUCAUUGCUAUGGACGAAUCGAACAAAGCUGAUCUUUUACAUCGGCGUCCUCGCAAUAGCAAGGCCAAGGUUGAACUAUUUGGGAAAUGGAAGAAGGAUCCGCAAUUCAAAACUAUAGUUGACGAUCCUUACUACGGUGGUAUCAAUGGAUUUGAGACGAACUUUCAACAAAUUUCCCAUUUCUCAGAAGAGUUUUUGAGGUCAGAGGUUGUUGGAGAGAAUAAAUAG